AUGGAACUCAAGCAAAUAAGAUAGAAUUCUAAAGUUGAUCUAAUAUUAGAUUAUCAUAAAUAUCCACUAGCCAAAAAUCUUGGUGUUUCAAAAGAUCAUGGUAGUUAUUAUUUUUUUUUGGAAAAUUUUUUUUGCUCUAUGUAAAAAUUUUUUUUUAUUUUAGUUUUUCAACACUAUGGUUAGAGAAUGCAGUCUAAUGUGACUACUGA